AUGAAUAAUAUACCCUUAUCCUCAAUGAUUGCUCCAUUAUCCUCAUCAUCAUCAUCGAGUAAAUUGUCUCCAUCAAGUUUUAGAAAUCAAAUAGUUUAUGAAGCGUCAUCAUUUCAACAGCAACAACAACAACUUCCAUUACAGUGUCAGUCAUUGUUAUUUACUCAGCCUUCACAACAACAGACUUUUAUUCAAGAAAAUGAUCGAAUGAUUAUCAAUCCAACUAACCAAUUGCCUACUAACAGUUUUGUCCUGUUGACUACUGUAGAUGGACAGACAUUUUUAGCUCCUAGUGGUGCCAACUUUAACAGCAUUUAUCCAACUGGAAAUCAAGCAAAUAGUUAUAUACUAAUACCAAAUCCAACAUCUAGUAUUAGUGGUUCUAAUUCUACUAGUACUACUACUACUACCACUACUACUACUACUAGUAGUAGUAGUAGUAAUGCUAUUUCUGCUACUACUGCUACUGCUGUGACUACUAACAAUAGUAAUAAUAAUAGUAAUAAUCUAACUUUAAGACCAGAAUAUAUGGAUGCCUUAUAUUCUCAGUCACAGCAUUCAGUUCAACAAAAUCCAUUUAUACUAUCUGGUUUAGGAAGUCAAGUGUUAAGAACACAGAAUUUGGUGUCAUCUCAUCAGCUGGCAACCACAUCAAUAGCAACAAGCAGGUCAUCAGUCACACCUCGAGCAUUUCAUCAACCAAUUGCAUAUCAUCUCACUUCAAAUCCGAGUAGUAAUAACUCAAUCCCAGUAAAUCUAAUUCUUUUGUCUACCUCCAAUUCAUCACCGUCUACUUUCACCCCUUCACCAAUCUUAUUGAACGCAACACCAACACCGACGCUAACAACACCAACAACAACAACAACAGCCCUACAAGCUCAAUCACAAUCAUCUAACUUAGCAACAGUUUAUCAAACUGAAAAUCGAUGUGAUUUCGACUUCAGCCAAUGUUCAACUAGAGAUACUAAUCUGAUUGAUUCAUUUCAGCCGAUAAUUAUUCAAAGGAAUGAUUCAAAUAUGACUACACUUCUUGUGAAUACAAACAAUGAUGGUGGUACACCUGUUCAUCGAGCAAUUACUCUCAUGAAUUCAGCUAAUCCAACAAGUGUUAACAAUAGUUGUAACAUGACACCAGUAACUCUAACCUUGACAACACCGAAAACAACAAUACCAACGACGGGGACAACAAUAACAUUACCUGCUUGUAAUCAGAUAUUUUAUGGACGAAACUCUUUACAGCAUCAGCAACAACAACAACAACACUCUCAACUACCUGUGUUGUUUGAUACUUCUGACAUGGAUCAGAAACUUACAGCCUCUACUACUGCUGCCACUGCUGCGGCUCUAUUUCAAGUUAGUCCAUUGAAACCAACUUAUCAAUCACAAAAUAGUAUCGUUCAAGCUCUCUCAUGUGGACAGUUGGUUGCUAUUGCUCAACCUGGUGUUGGUAAUAGUAAUAUACAACCUCAGUUAUCGACAGUAAUUGAAAGGAAACAAGAAUCUUCUACACUUCCGAAUCAAAUGCAACAACAGAUUCAACAAAGACUGCAACAACAACAUCAACUUAUCAAUUCAUCUGAUUUGAUUAAUGAUCAAUCGACAAUCACUUUUCUUCCGUUCAGUAACAAUCAUUUAACCAACAACAGUAUCACUACUACUACGACUACUGCUAAUAGUAGUAAUAUCAACGGUAACAGUAGUAAUAAUCAUAAACCGGAUCUCUAUUUUGAAUUACCCAUUGGUGAUGGAGAUCAACAUGGCACCACUGGUCAAACAAUCUAUCGUCUAUUCUGCACUGAUAAUUCUGAUCGUACGAUAAUUACAAAUGGAACAGUAUCUAGUGAUAACGAGAUCAGUCGUCUUUUUGUUGUCAAUAAUGAUCAUAGGCUAUCAGAUACAAUGAUGAAUAUACUUACAGUAGAUAAUUCAUCUUAUCCAUCGACAUUAUCAUCAACAACAAGAACAAUGACCACUGGUGCUGCUGCUGAUCAUCAAUUUAUUAUUGAUCAGUUUCCAAGUAUAGUUAAUCAACAUCAACAUCAAUUGAAUGGUUAUGCCUCGUUGUCAAUACCUACAGCCUCGUGUAUAACACUUUCACCACCAUCAUCAUCUUCAGUGUUGUCAACAUUUUCAUUGGCAUCAUCGUCACCAUCAGUAGCGGUAACAGCAGCAGCAGCAACAACAAUAACAACAACAACAACACUAGCUCCAUCGUCUCCUAGAUUAUCAUCAGCAUCUUCAUUAUUUGCGUCAAAUAUACACCAGACAUCAAAGAAUUCAUUGAUUACUACAUCGAGUCUAGUGAAUAAAGUGAAGCGAAGUAAUCAGCUUAGCGAAAUUCAUGUUGAUAUCGGUAAUAGGACUACAACUAAUGGCAACAGUAUAAGUAGUGACGGGGGUGAUACUGAUGGCGUUAACAAUAGUAGUCAUCACUUAAAUGCAGGAUAUCACAUCAAAAUUGAUGAAAGUCAAUAUGCUUCGCCUUCUUUAAUGACAACAACAAAACUAGAAAAUUAUAUGGAUAAUAAUAAUAAUAAUGAUAACGAUGACUGCAACAACAUAAGUAAUAAUGAUAAUGAUAGUAAUAGUAAUAGCAAACAUCAUUCAAAUAAUUCCCUAUCAGUACUUCCUCCUCUGUCAAGUAUGACAUGUCAUUUGAUCCCAAUGGAACCGAAACCUGAUCAGUUGAAAACUUUACAGUCGGUGAUUAAUUCUGCGAGUGCAUUCCAGUGUUCCGAUUUUCCAGCUUAUGUUGAACAAUUAUUUCGUAAGGGUAUACUUAGUGGUCGACGACCAUGGUGUUUAAAUUUCACUGCAUGGUUUAUAAAUACUUUAGUCUUUGAAGUAGAAAAUCGUACAGAACAUGUCAGUUUACGUUGGGGUGAUUUUCGUCUAUGUCAAACAGCUGAUGGACAAACAGAAUAUAUUUAUUUCAUUAAUCGGAUAACAAAUAAACAUUAUUAUCUAGCUGGUUCACCAUCAUCAUGUUGUGCACUUGGCUAUAAAAAAAGUGAAUUCGAUGCUAAAUCAUCGAAUGAACCACCAGUUCGAUGUCCAUGUCCUGUAGCUAUAUUCAAAGAGUUAAGAGAUCGACGACCAAGUGGAUGUUUAGAUGCAUAUUCAAAGUUUUAUUUACAACCUCGUAAUGUUGAAUGUCCUGAAGCGAAUGAUAUUGAAGAGAUACACGAUAAAGUACAAAAACCUCAUCUACUUCCAGCUAGCAGUAAUUGGUUUACAGUUCAUGCAUGGGGUAAAAAUAAACUUGGUGGUCUAUUUGCUGAAGCAUCAAAACUUGCUGGUCUACCAACUAUAUGGUUACGUAAACAUCGUUCAAGAAAUUUUUUUCCCGGUGGUGGAGGUUCUGGUAUUGGUGCACUUGGUAAUCUUCAUCAUAAUCAAUAUCUUCAGAAAAGUAUAAAUAAUUUGCAUAGAAUCAAUUCACGAACAAAUGAUAAUGAUGAUAUAGAACAUGGUGAGAUUACAAGUAAAGAGAAUCAAGAAUUGACUGGACAUACAGAAGUGAAACGUAGACGAAUAAUGAAUUGUGUUACAGAUACCUCUAGUGUCUUGUCAUUAUCAUUGACUAUGCCAAUGGUAGCGAUGUCAGCAACACCACCUACAACAUUAAUGAAUAACAAUCAGAGUGAUUCUAAUGUUACAGGCUGUGUAAAUAUCCUUCCUAGUUCCAUGACUAUUCUAAAACCGAAGGAAACGAUAUACACAUCAACGAUCAGCUAG